CAGUGAUUUCACCCACAACCAAAAAAAGAAAGACAUAAAGGCAGACAAAAUAUACAUAGUUCUCAGUGCUAUUAUCAUCAGCACUCUGUAUCGAAGUCAUGGUUCAUGGGAAGAAGUUGGCCAAGGAGACGCUGCUGCCUUCUGUGCUGGAGGACGAUGACGCAGAAACAGAAAGUGAGAAGCUGCAGCUGGGGGAGCGAAGAGCGAGCUGGACAGAGGUCGACGUGCGUGGGCCAAAGGACCAAUGCUCAAGCCCUGAUGGGAAUGUGCUAGACAGAGGUGAAAGAGAGGGUGAAGAGGAAGAGGAAGAGGAGGAGGAGGAAGAAGAAGAGAAUGAAGAGGUGGGAGGAGAAGAGUGUGUGAUCUCAGAUGAGGACUACGACACAGAUUUGGAGCUCGGAGGUAAAGAGGAGGCAUAUGACCCGACAGGGCAGACGUGCUACAUGGAGGCGUGUGAAAUGUUAGAGGUGGUACCUGCCUCUUACUUCGUGCGGCACAUAAAAGACAGUGAGCUGACCAUGACGCAUCGUGGGCUCGGGCCUCAGGGCACCAAAGCACUGGCGGUUCCCCUGGUAACCAACACUUCAAUACUGAGGCUGAACCUGCGAGAUAAUUGGAUGGAAGGAAUGGGCGGAGCUGCCAUAGCCGAGAUGUUAAAGGAAAAUUGUUACAUUACAGAUGUGGAUCUAGCCGACAACAGUCUCGGGGAUUAUGGGGCCAGAGCCAUUGCUGAUAUGCUUAAGGAGAACAGCACCCUGGUGAGCCUCAACCUGUCAGGAAACCGUUUCACAGACCGGUCUGCCGAACACCUCGGCCCAGCUCUCAUCACCAACACCAAGCUACAGCACCUCGACAUCAGCCACAAUGCUCUGAGAGAGCGUGCAGGGCAAACCCUCGGAGACUCUCUAUCAGAGAACACAGGGCUGAGAUCACUAAGUCUGGCAUGGAACUGCAUUCGAGGAAGAGGAGCUGUGAUGUUGGCCAAUGGCCUCGGGGGAAACAUUUCCCUUAGAACAGUGGAUCUGUCAUAUAAUGGCUUUGGUAAAGAAGGAGCCAUGGCUCUAGGACAGGCUCUGAAAGAGAACAACGUUUUGGAGGAGCUGAAUGUGAGUAACAACCGAAUACCCCCUGAAGGAGCCAUCCACCUCGCCGUGGGCCUCAAAGUAAACAAGACAAUCAAAUCCCUGAAUAUGGGUAGGAACCCCAUCCAGAAUGCAGGGUGCUAUGGCAUCCUCAAGUCUUUACAGGAAAACCCAGAUUCAGCCUUGGAAGCACUAGACUUUGCUGGCAUCACAGUGAACCAGGACUUUGAAGACUUGUAUAACACAGUGAAAGAAAUAUUCCCUGCGCUUACAAUAAAUCAUGGGGGCAGAAUUGGCACAUUCAGGAAAGCAAAAGCUUGAAAAGUGUUACCGUAAUUGCUGUACUUUUAUGCCAGAAAAGAUGGAAGGAGUCUUGUCAAAGCCCUGUGGACAUUUUCAUCAACAGAUGAACCAAAGGAUGGAUGCCUGCGAGGAUGUCAUUUUUAAAAAGCUUUCUUUCUUUAAAAAGACCCAUGGGAGCAUAUCUUUCUGAAUAAAAUGUAUUUAGAAUAAGUAAAUACUUGUUAAAUACCCAAUCAAAUGAA